GGACGCCGCCGCCGCCGCCGCCGCUGGAGUCCGCCGGGCAGAGCCGGCCGCGGAGCCCGGAGCCGACGGAGGGAAGUGCCCCCAGGACCCGCUCGGCCAGCGGCGCUGCACAGAGCGGCAGAACGAGGAGCAGCCGGAGGAGGAGGAGGAGGGGAGAGCGGCUCGUCCACGCGCCCAGCGCCGCCGCCGGCUCGGGAAAGCAGCGAGGAGCCGGCGCCCCCUGCGCCUGCGGUCGCCCUGGAGUAAUUUCGGAUGCCCCGCCGCGGCCGUCUUCCCGAAUAGACCCGGGAGAGGAGUUGCGGCCAACUUGUGUGCCUUUUUUCCGCCCGGGUGGGAGCCGGCGCUGCGCGAAGGGCUUUCCCGGCGACUCAUGCUGCCGGCCCUGCGCCUGCCCAGCCUCGGGUGAGCGGCCGCCGGAGAGACGGGGGAGCGCGGCGCCGCCGCGGGCUCGGCGUGCUCUCCUCCGGGGACGCGGAACGGAGCAGCAGCCCCGGGCGCACGCCGGAGGCAUGGAGCGCUGCCCCAGCCUGGGGGUCACCCUCUACGCCCUGGUGGUGGUCCUGGGGCUGCGGGCGGCACCGGCCGGCGGCCAGCACUAUCUCCACAUCCGCCCGGCCCCCAGCGACAACCUGCCCCUGGUGGACCUCAUCGAACACCCGGACCCUAUCUUUGACCCCAAGGAGAAGGAUCUGAAUGAGACGCUGCUGCGCUCGCUGCUCGGGGGCCACUACGACCCAGGCUUCAUGGCCACCUCGCCCCCCGAGGACCGGCCCGGCGGAGGCGGGGGGUCGGCCGGGAGUGCCGAGGACCUGGCCGAGCUGGACCAGCUGCUGAGGCAGCGGCCGUCGGGGGCCAUGCCGAGCGAGAUCAAAGGGCUGGAGUUCUCGGAGGGCUUGGCCCCAGGCAAGAAGCAGCGCCUGAGCAAGAAGCUGCGGAGGAAGCUACAGAUGUGGCUGUGGUCGCAGACCUUCUGCCCGGUGCUGUACGCGUGGAACGACCUGGGCAGCCGCUUCUGGCCGCGCUACGUGAAGGUGGGCAGCUGCUUCAGUAAGCGCUCGUGCUCCGUGCCCGAGGGCAUGGUGUGCAAGCCGUCCAAGUCCGUGCACCUCACGGUGCUGCGGUGGCGCUGUCAGCGGCGCGGGGGCCAGCGCUGCGGCUGGAUUCCCAUCCAGUACCCCAUCAUUUCCGAGUGCAAGUGCUCGUGCUAGAACUCGGGGGCCCCCUGCCCGCACCCGGACACUUGAUCGAUCCCCACCG